AUGAGCGGCAACGAAGCAAUGGCCAAGCGCUCCUUGCUUGCAGUUAUCGCCGACGAAGACUCUGUCACAGGCUUGUUGUUGGCUGGUGUGGGCCAGGUGUCCAACGAGCCAGGCAAAGAGUCCAACUUUCUUACUGUUGUUCCAGGCAAGACCACCGUGGAGCAGGUCGAGGAGGCGUUCGACAACUUCACGUCGGAGAGAGACGACAUUGCAAUUUUGUUGAUUAACCAGCACGUGGCUGAUUUGAUUAGAUACAAAGUGGAGUCAUACACUAAUGCGUUCCCAGCCAUUUUGGAGAUUCCAUCUAAGGACCAUCCAUAUGACCCUGAGAAGGACUCUAUUUUGAAGAAGGUGAGACGUCUUUUUGGAGAGUAA